CCCCGCCCCCGUUCCCCGCUCUCUAUCCCCCGUCCACCUGGCCCCGCUCUCCGUCCCUCGUUCCUCCGGGCCCCGCUCUCCAUGUCGGGCCGCAGCCGAGGAUCGGCCUCUCCGGCCGCCGCGCUGCAGUUGAAAAACGCCGGUAACGAGCUCUUCCGGCACGGCCAGUUCGCACAGGCCGCGGACCGGUACUCGGAGGCGAUCAGCGGCCUGAGGCAGUCAGGUACAAAAUGCACUGAGGACUUGAGCGUGCUGCAUUCUAAUCGAGCGGCCUGUUAUCUGAAGAUUGGAAACUGCAGCGAAUGUAUAAAGGAUUGUACUGUGUCAUUGGAGCUUGUCCCCUUCGUGCUGAAGCCCCUCCUACGUCGUGCUGCUGCUUACGAGACCCUGGAGCGAUACUCACUGGCUUACGUCGACUACAAAACUGCAGUGCAGUUGGAUAGCAGUGUUCAGGUCGCCCAAGAUGGUAUGAACAGAAUGAGGAAAGUUUUGAUCGAGAGGGAUGGCAGUAACUGGCGUGAUAAUCUCCCUCCGACGCCAUCAGUGCCCCUCUCGGUUCAGCGUAGAUGGGAACCCAGUGCCGCUGGGAAUGCAGGAGAGCAAAGGUGCAAGCCGGAGAAAGCAGGAGACGCAGGUUCUAGCAGUCAUGGACUCGAGCGAGCCAAGUCUCUGAAGGAAGAAGGGAAUGAGUUGGUGAGGAAAGGAGAGCACAGAAAAGCAGUGGAGAAAUACAGUGCGAGCCUGAAGCUGAACAACAAGGAGUAUACGACCUACACCAACAGAGCCCUGUGUUACCUGCACCUGAUGCAGUACCCUGAAGCGAUGCAGGACUGUACAGCAGCAUUGGGUCUGGAUCCCAACAAUCUGAAGGCAUUGUACCGGCGGGCGCUAGCUCGGAAGGGGAUGAAGGAUUACAGCGGUAGCGUUGCUGAUCUUCAGAAGAUGCUUAAACUGGAGCCAAGCAACUUUCCUGGCCAGCGCCUCCUGGAGGAAGUCCAGAAGCUCGUUAAAUAAAAGCUGGUUCUUGUGGGGUCUUCAGACUUAAAACCUUCUCAAAUCAGCUCUGAAUAUUUGCAUAUGAGAAAGGGGCUUAGGCAGGUUUUGAGCCCCUGUAUAUUUAUGCAUUUUUCUUUUCGCUUUUCAAGGGCUUUACGGGUUGUUAACCUCAAUACCAAAGAGCACUAUGUGAGAGUAUUUGAAUUAAACAGUCUACAGCUCGACUUGACUCCUAUUCCUACACAGUAAACCGAUUGAAAAUAGAAACCAUUCCUAUGCAGUGAGAACCCUCUUUAGUUAUUGACUUAGCAACAGGAACCUCCACCACAAAUAGUCUCUGCAGAUUGCAUAGCUCAAUAUAAAAAAUAGAGAAAGCAAUAAUCUGCUUGCAACAUAAUGCUGUAGUGGAAUAUGUGUAAUUUUAAUUUUUCUUUGGGUGAGUUUAUUUUGUGCUAGCUGUAUUUGCAAGAUUGCGCUUUUAACCCUUUGAGUUCCAUUUCGUUGUUCUCAUUUUCCAUGCCCUCCCCCAUUGCCCACAUUUCCUGAUGAUUUUGACUCCUUGCUGGGAUCCAAUUGUGCAUCCACUUCCAGAAUUCUGUGGACAGAGAACAAAGAGAUGUCACAUGUAAAACUGACCAUGUCCUCAUUGACCCUCCCGCGCGCGCGCGCGCACACACACACACGCAGUUUCAGAUGCGGUGAAGUGGGGUCUCCCUGCUGUCGCUUCAACUGAGGCUUAUUAACUUGAGACCAACCCAGCAUUGAAACCUCUGCCUUUAAAGGAUCUUUUGUGUGGGUUGCUUUUGUGUGGAGGAGGAGAAGAGGAAAUAGGGGAACAAGGACAUCUCUGAUCUUUCCUAACUUGGUUCAAGGUUGUUCUCUUCACUUCCCAGUACUUCCUCCUCAUCUUGAUUAACCCCUUCACCCAGAUGCUUUGCUUGACUGCUGACUACUCUUGGGUUGUCUGUGCACUGAGAAUAUUCCUGACAGGGAAUCAAUACUUUAUUGGAUUUUUUGAAUUUAAUUGGAGCACAUGUAUUUGAAAACAUUGGCAUCUUUGCUGAAGUAAGAUGCUGAAAUAUAGAAACAGGAGGCCAUUCAGCCCUUGACCCUAUUCUGUUAUUCAAUGAGAUGGUGGUUGAUCUAUGACCAAACUUUAUACCUACCUAACCUUUGGUUAGCAAAAAAUCCAUCAAUCCCAGUUAUAAAAUAAACAAUUGCUCCAACAUCAACUAUUGUUUGUGGAUGAGAUUUACAAACCUCUGCCACCCUUCUGUGUGUAAAAGUGUUUUUUAAUUUCACUCUGUCUGGCUGUAGUCUUAAACUCCCCAACCAGAAACCUAGCUACAUGUGCUGUAGAGAGGUAAGAGAAACACAUACUGCUGUCCACAAACCCUGAAAAUGUAGAAUUUACUAGAACAUUAGUCACCAACUCCUUGGUCUGGAACUCUAAAAUCUAAGGGUUCUGCAUGAGUUCAGUGCAUUUUUUUUUUAAGAUAGCCAGUCUCGUCAGACAGUUGUAAUAAUGAGAGAUUCAUGUUAUUUUGACCAAGUAGUUUACUCUCAGACAUGAACAGGGAAUGAUGCCGAAAGAACAAAAUGUUUCGCAAAGACCCAGUACAUUCAUUCUCCUGCAUGACUGCACACAGCUUACUGUUGCUGCUAGGACAAAAUCUGGAAGUAAACUGGUUAAAAACAUCCUUGCUGCUGAAGUGGUUUGUAUAAAAUAUAUAGCUUUUGGUGUUGUAUCGUAGUAUUGCAGAUUUUGAUAAGUUUUUGAAUUAGAGGAAUCAUUGAUUGCAGCUUUAGUUUAUUUCUGUUGUCCAACAGACUUUUCCACUAACAAUUCAGUAUUUCGGAUCAGGAAUUUUCUUUUUUUAUUACACAAAAUUGAGGGUACGUUGGUGACCACUGCAGCUGAAGGAGUAGCAUACAGAAUAUUAAGGAGCGUAAAUUGAGCAAAUUCAACAAGUUAACACUCUAAAGGGGGUUCCAUAUGUUGUCAGCAUAUUUAAUGAGAAAAGCUUUUCAAAAUCUUUCAGCAAAAUACAGACUUGUUUUGAUCAUUUAUCUCUAGUCUUUAACCUCUUUCUUAACAGAAACAAUACAAAAACUAUGUGUCUGGACUAUGAAUAACCCACCUGUCUUUGUGUCUAGUCCCAUAGGGCCUAAUGUUUAACUCCAUAACUCAUGCUAUGCGCGUGGUUUUGUUUGAAUGUUGUAUUGCACUGUAAAUCUCUUGGACUCAGGUAUUAAACUGUUAAGGUAAUGACA